AGCAAAGUACGCCAUGGUGACAUCAUGCACCCUAAAGUCUCCAUUUAUCUUAAGUAGCUCCCAAUAUUGUCCCGGAUCCUCAGCACUCCUAUUACCACUUCUCUCUCGAGCUCAGGCUAAAUUUUGGAAAAUACCUCUCACAUCCCUCCUUAAGGAUCGCGAUGUCCACCAGAAAAAGAUCUAAAAGGGACCACAGAAAUACUUCAAAAGCAUCGCAUGAAACGCCCAAUUCUCUGGCUAAAGAGAAACAUCUGCCGGGCUCUAUGUCCGAAGGGUCUGACCAUGUCAACCACUCAGACUUACCGCCUUCACGACCACACAAAGAGAUAUUGACGCCUGUCUCCCUACCGGGAAAUACAACACCUCUACGUUACUUCAUAUACACCUUGGUGACAAUAGCCCUUCUCUCCACAGCGUGGUAUACGUAUACCACAGCUGUGGGGCUCAAGCACUGGAAAGAGGAAGUCGGGUGGUGGGGAAUGUUUAUUGGACGAAUUGGGAGGCAACAUGAUGGAUUGAAUCGCGACCAGUGGAGAGGUCAGGAAGCGACGGGGGAUCUUGAGGGGCAUCUCAGUCAGCUUGCAUCUGCGCUCGGAAUCUACGCAACAGACCUAGCUUCGGCUGUCAAACCAUUUGUGCCACCUGCGACACUGUCUAGUCUUGCGCCUCAGGCUACUAGUGAGGCGAUGAAGGUUCUUCUUGAGGACUCGCAUUAAAGAGCCCCCCGAUGGUGGUGAAGGCACUGCGGGCAACGUUGGUGAAGGACUUGGGAAAGUGGUUGGGUUUGGCGAUCCUCUAACAGGAUUGUAAUUUAAAUUACCCAUGUACAUGGAGGACAGUACUGUAACGUCGGAGAUAGAUACUAGUACUUACCGCAUCGUAGGAAUUAUAAAUAUUAUCAGACUCGUGU